GCCAUGUUGCCACAAAUCAAAUCUCCCCCAGUCGCGUGUGAUUUCUCUUUGUUAGAAGAAUUUGAUUCCGCGAUCCAGCCAACUAACCAACAACACAUUCAAAGGGGCAACAACAUUUCAACAUCUUGUUAGUAUACUCUACCUCGGGGAGGGAGUCUCUCAUUGGACUCGGACAAGCUCAGCAGGGAUCAGAUUGGCUCAUACAACAUGGCAGCAGUGAGAUCAGGUCACAGGAAAUCACACUCCACUUCUGCACUCUCUUCCAUCCUUGGUACGAAGGAUGGCGCAUCAACUUCAGUAUCAUCAUCUUCCGGAUCAUCCAGUGGAUCUUCAGCUCUUUCUUCAGCCGCAGCAGCGAGACGAAAGCUUCGAGCGAGUCAACAUCCUUCUCUCGGAAUAGUGGAGGAGAAGGACAGCGCUCUACUUGAUCGAUCGGCCAGUCGUCGGGAUUUAAACUCUACGGUCACAAGUGCAAACCAUAACCUUCGCGAUGUCGGUUCCCAACCCGACAGCUCGACUUCGACGACGCACUACACAGCAGCCAAGAUGUCUGAACUCCCUGGUCUGACAAGAUCACGUUCAGUCAUGCGUUUGCCGACGGCGGAACGAGAUCAGCCAGUGCGGAAAAGCUCUACGGCAGUUCAAUCAACUCGCUCAGAUGCUGAAGGUACCGACACUUUCGUCUAUGAAAGUGAUUACGCGAGAAUGAGCCCUUCGGGUCUUGGCGGUGACCAUGACGAGCUCGCAUCUCGACUGCAGGAGGCACUUGAGCGCUCGAGAAAGAGCAUUGACGCGAGCAAGGAGAAAGCUGGUCUGCAUCGGGCAAAAUCGAGGAAGAGCGGAGCGAGAGAGCGUAACGAGGAGGAUGUGAAAGUCUGGAUGAGAGAGCUCAUGUCACUCCGAUCGAGCGACAGGCGACGUCGAGAGGCACUGAGAGGAUUGGAGCGGACGGUCUUUGCUUCCUGUCAACGGCCUACCACAUCAACCUCCGAGAACGUGAUAGACGUGCUGAAGCUACUGGACUUACGAGUCUACGACGCACUCAUCAAUCUCAUGGCUCGACAUGCUCAGACUCUCUCCCGUCGCGGACAGUCUUUGGUUGCUGGUGAUGAGAUGGCAGCACAUCUUGUUCCUGAGAUCGCUUGCAUCGUCGGGAUGCUUCAAGGCUUGUCGCUCAUGAGCAGAUCAUGUAAAGAAGUGCUGGGAGAGCCGUGGGUCAUGGAGAUCAUCAUUGAUUUGUUGCUCCUGCUGCGGCAUCAGCCGGCAUUGGACGCACUUGCGCCCAGUGAAGCAUCGCAGUCCGUUCCUGUAGAUCACUCUAUACUCGAGCUACUCUGUUGCGUCCUCGUUGACUCGACUGCGAAUAUGCGUACCUUUGAACAAUUGGGCGGUCUAGAAGCCGUCACCAGAGUCGCGAAGGGUUCGACUGUGCCGCGGGAAGUCCAGAUGAAGUGCAUCGAGUUCAUCUACUUCUACCUUCAACCGGAGGCUACAAUGUCCAAACGCGUAGUCUCAUCUUCUUCCACGUCGUCAUCCUCAUCUACCGACUCGCAUCCUUAUCCAGGUACUCCAUUCACACCAAUUUUUACCUCGGACUCGGACGGGAGAAUGACCCCAAGUAUCGUAUCGGGCUCAAAAUUCCAAGAUCUUGACAUUCCAUUCGUCCCUCAGACCCCUUCAAAUCCUGCUCGACAUGCUCUGGGUUACCCUACGCCUAACCACUCGCGAAAGAUAUCUGCCUCACACCAAGGCGUACCGUCACUUGCUCCGAUUACAGGCUCACCUGUUAUCAUGUCUCCUGGCGGGUCGACGGAUAAGCCUCGAGAUUCAUCCCAACACGGACAUGGAGAGCGGCCCGUCUCUCAGAACAGUCGUCCAAUCUCUCGAAACUCUGUGGCGUCCUCCUCUAGCAAGGACGAACGUCGGUGGUCUGCCGUGGAGAUGGGGGUGUCAAAUCAAGGACUAGGUCUAGGCAUGACGAAGAGCGCAAGCGUUGUCAACCUCUCGGACCGAAGGAACGGUGCGAGAUCUUCCCCGGCGGACCCUUUCAUCGCGCAUGCUUCUCCACCCAGCGGCGACUCUCGCUCAUCCUCUGGCUCUUCGACUGCCGUUCCUCCGAACUUAUCUAUGGGUAGCAAUACGCCGACAUCGACUCACUUCUCCGCGCCGGUGAAUCAUGGCUCAUCAGGGCUCGUUAGAUCGAGCACCCAGCCUAACUUCACAUCCGACGUGAAUGCGAGUUUGAUCAACGCGUCCAACGUCACCGCUCGACGACCAAGUAUCAAACGACCGCAAAAGUCGUCGACGCCGUCUGCAGUGUCGUCGCCUCGGCGUGCCGAGAUUUCACGAGAGCCAGUCUCUGGAGCUCAGGCAUUGCCCAGACCUCCGAAAAUCCGACACUCUCGCACGCAGUCUCAACUGAUAGGCACGGAUCGGAUAUCUAUGCCGCCUCCCACCUCCAUCCCACCUCGCAAAUCCAUGGAGGUCGAGGUGGAUCGGCGGUCGUCCCAGACGUCUUUGACACUCACUCCAGAUCCGGCGCAGCCUCUUCGCUCACCUGGCCUGCUGUCUGCAACGACAGUGGACGUGCGACCCCUUUCCCCCGGUUCGAACUCGACGAUUUCAGGCAGAUCGACACCUACACCUACUUCUACACCUGUACUCGAGGUCCGACCCACCCCAGCCAAGAAAUCUUUCCCCAGUGGAAUGACGAAAGGCUUACCACCCUCCAUGUCGACUCCGAAUCUCUCUGAUCUGGCCCGUCAAGCGCAUCCGCGGCAUUCAGGCACCACAACGCCGGGUCAAGUUUCAUCUGACCGGACUAGUACGUCGACGCCUGGAGGGGCGAAUCUUUCUGGGACAAGUUCUACUCCUGGUGCUGGGGGUGCAAACCUAUCCGUUUCGAGCAUGGGAGGAUCUUCAGCCAAUACGUCAUUAUCAUCCACUGGCCGAUCACCAUCAAUCAAUGGAUCGUCGAUGCCUCUUGGCGCUGUAAGGCGUGUGCCUAGUAUUUCGGAGAAGCGGGCCAGGCCUGACCGUCGAGAACUUGGAAGCGGGUUCAGCGGUCAGCAAGGCGUUAAGUCAGUUGAAGAGAAAAAGGCAAUGCUCGGCGCACGGAUGGGCAACGUUGAUGCGUUGGUUGAGAGUGUGGAAAAGGUUGGAUUCUUUGCUAGUCGUCCUGAGAGGAAAUAAGCAGAGGAUGAGGAGCAUGAGAUGUCACGGCCAGUACUCAGUUUCCUGUGUGUAGAGAGUUUUCCCAUUACUAUAAUGACUGUGUCUUCGUGAACAGUCGGAUGCAUGUC